ACUAAGCCCUAGCCCUACUUCUGAGAAUCCCUACUUUCCAGCCGAAUUCUGAAUUCAGUUCAGUGUGCAAAAAUGGAGACAACAAAAGAUAGCAUUCAAGAUGAAAAGUCAGAGAAUGGCAUGACCUCAACGCCAUCAGUGCCAAGGGACACACAAGAAAAAGAAGAAGAUUCACUUAUUACUGAUUCACUGGAUGAUGACCCUUCAGAGAGCUCAGAUUUGAAAAAUAGUGACAGUAUGCCAGACUUAAUAUGGCCAGACAAAAGUGCAAAAAAAGGAACAAGUGACUCUACAGUUGCCCCAUCAACAUCACAUGACACUGGAUUCAACUCUGAUAGUGCUGUGAGCACGCCCAGUCCAGAUGGGGAUAAACAGAUUGUGCCAGGAAGUGAGGAUACUGUUGGUGAAAACCUAACAGGUUCGGAGAGUAAAGACUCUGUUGUGGAUGAUGAGGAGAAAGAUGGCAGUAUGGAUAUUUUAGGAAAUGGGUUCCUCAAGAAAAAAGUAUUAGUGCCUGGUAAGGAAGACACCAGACCUACAAAUGGUGAUACAGUAACCAUAAGAGUUGAUGGAGUUUUAGAAAAUGGAACUCAUGUGGAUGUGCAAGAUUUCACCUUCAUUCUCAACGAUGGUGAUGUUAUUUUAGCUUUUGACCUGGCAGUGGCAUUGAUGGAUGUUGGAGAGAAAUGCGAACUGUUUACUGAUGCAAGAUAUGCUUAUGGACCCCUUGGCCGAGAUCCAGACAUUCCUAAAGAUGCAAGCAUCACCUAUACUAUUGAACUGAUUAAUGUUCAACCUGAGCAAGAGCUCUCAUCUCUUGGUACUGAAAAACGUCUUUCAAUGGGAGAAGCUAAACGGGAGCGAGGCAACUAUUUAUAUGGAAGACAGGAUUAUACUGGUGCUAUCAGCUCAUACAGCAAGGCUGUGAAGAUUUUAGAUGACUCAGAUUUGAAUGCUGGACUAGAUGACGAGGCAAGGUCUACUCUGUCAGAGUCAUGGGUCAAAUGCUACAAUAACAUGGCAGCUUGCCAGCUCAAGAUCAGUGCUAUAGACGCUGCCAUUCGAUCGUGUGAGAAGGUUCUCUCUGCACAAGAAGAUAAUGUGAAAGCAUUAUUUAGACUCGGGAAAGCCUACAGUGCUAAAAACGAAGUUGACAAAGCACUGGAAUAUCUCAGGAAAGGGAUCAAACUGGACCCAGAAUCUAAAAUGUUACACCAGGAAGUUCUCAAUUUGGCACGGCGGAAAAGCAAGGAGUCUGAAUCAGAGAAGGAGCUGUAUCAACGGAUGCUGGGAGUUAAACCUGGGGAAAAUCCCUUUACUCCUGGAAAGACACAACAGAAAAAAUCAAAUGGGGUGAUGAAGUGGAUUUUGGUGGCUGGCAGUCUGGCUGCUGCUGCAGCAUCUAUUGGCUUUUCAUGGUAUCGAACAUCAUGAAGUGACAUGUACAAAUGUUAACUGGGUUUGGUGGCCAAAUGAGUAAGGCUUUGAAAGAAUGUGAUUCCAGUGUUUGUGUGAGAAAUGGUUUUUUUUGUAUUUUGGGUGCUGUAGCUUGAAUAAAGUCGAGGUCUGAUUAUGUCAGUGCAGUAUCGCUGCAUCCUUUGAUGGAUGGACUGUCGGUGUAUAUCUGGUUAGAGUGACAAUGAAUUUUGGAAUUGAGAGUGAAAAAGUAAUGGAAAGUGCCUGGGUGAUGCUUGUGCAAUGUUGAUCUUGAUGCUAAUGUUUACUUUUGCUAAGACAAUUUUGUUAUUUUUGUCAAUUUUUUUUUUGGUGGAGUGUUCAGUAACAUAAGUAAUGCAUUCCAUGUCAUUCUUUCAUUAGCAAAUAGCAAAAGCCUGUUUGCUACUGAUAGAAGAGAGGUGAUUUAUAAAGCAUUAUGUGAGGUAUUGUGACAUCGAAGAAUCAGGUCCUCUUACUAUUAUUUUUGUUAUGAAAUUUUUAUUUAUGACAAAAAUGUGUUCAAUAGUAACUUUUUCUUUCAGUAUGGUAUUUGGAAUCUUAUCAUUGUUCAUUUUUUCCCUUUGUGUUUUUGUUUUUAAAAAAUCUUUUCUUGGUUUAACCAGUUUUUUUACAACACUGAUUUUUGAAUGUUUUCGUUUACUUCUCAGUAAGGGGUGGCAAGUAAUUACUUUUGGUCAAAUGGUUAGAUAUAUAUGACAUCAUAGAAUGAACUUGGCUGUUUUCCAGACACAAAGCCGCAAGACACUCUUAAUGUGUACAUUUGGGAUGGAAAUCUUUUGAUAUUUUGUGUUCUUGAAGACGAGAGUAGUGACAACUUUUUUUUCUGUUUGUUACUUCACCUAUCUUUUAUUUGAAUGUUGUCUGUGUAGAACAGUUGCUACAUGCAUGUGACAAUAACUGACUGGAAAUUUAUACUUUUCUACGACAAGAAUGCGUGGUCUUGAAUGGUGGACUUGCCAUAACAUAUUGCUCUGUAAUGUGAUACCAAGCAAAUGUGUAAUUUGUAUCAAGCCUGAUGCAUUUGCUAUGUGGUCUUUGUAGGAAUUCUGUAUUAUGAAUUUUAGGUAUAUUAAAAACUGGUGUAUAAAUCUGGUUCUUUUCUUCUCUUUUUGUCUGAAACUUAAAGAAGAUUAAGUUUGGUAGGAUCCCGUCUUGAAGUCAAAUUAUUUGCUCACAACUGUAAUUUUGGUUUACUGGACUGUCAAGUGGGUUUCUUUUCUGCUUUUUCCGUCCACAUGUAUGAAUAAUUAGAAAACAGAUGAUUGUGUCCUCUUGCUAUUGUAAAAAACAAAUUUUGUUCUCAUUCAUUUUUUCACUGUCGGCGCACACAUUCAUGAUGGAGUGUAUUUACAUACUCGGAACGUACUCACUUACUUUUCAAUUGACUAUCACUUUCUUAUAGAGGAAAUUUUUUGUCUUUGAUAAUGGUCUGUUUCAAAAAGUGUUUUCUUAUCUUGUCCAAGUUGUAGUUUCUUAGUCUUUUCUCACUUUCAGUGUAGAGACAAGCAGGAAUGUGCAUUCUUGUUUGCAUGCUCGUUACUGAUAUUGCAAGCCUUGUUCUCCUCCUCGUAUGAUGUUUUGUCAAAGAUUAUGAAUAUGCUCCUCAAGAAAUGUUUUACCAUCUAUUCCCAGCCAUAUUUUCAUGCAGGCAGCAUGGCCGAAGUUUGCGACUAGCUAAUUCACAAGAUUCUUUGUGUAAAAAAUGUGUUAACCUUUUGAGCCCCGGUGGCACAUAAAACUGCCCGUAUGCCUUGCCACUGGUACAGCGGUGAGCGAGACCCUAUCCCUGACCCGGCCCAUGUGAGACAAAACGUAUACAGAAAACAGCGUUUACUACACAAGACGUUAUUGAUUAUUUUUAAGGUCUUUCUGAAUUAGAUGCUGGUAAUGACAAGGAUUGCCCUGAGUAGGAUAUAUGGAAUGGGAUUUGGACGAUCAAAUGAAUGUUAGUAAUAUAUCGCUGAGGAGCUCAGACAGAGGGGCACGGUAGCCUCAGGAGCUCAGGGCUCAAAGGGUUAAGACUGAUCUAAUUUAUGCUGGUGUAUCAUUUUACUUUUUGCCAAACAUUAAAUUAAGCAAUAAUAUUUUUGAGUGACUUCUGUGAAUACAGUAUUGCCUUAUUUUUUUGUGUUUGUUUUUACUACUUUAGUAAAUGUCGAUCUAUCUGUCUUUUCUCUUUCGUCAAAUAUUCCUUUGUCUCUUAUGUUUAUUCACUCUGUUGUCAUAGUUCAGUCUGUAAGCAGUGUUUUACACACUUAAGUUUUUUGGAUCAUUAAAUGAUCUGGAGGUUCAAGUGAGGGUUUUUGUUUUUUUCAUCAUUAUUAUAAUGUUGCUGCUCUUUUAUACCACUGCCAUUGCAAAACAAAGAAAGAAAAGACAACUUUAUUGAUCUCCGCUUACAGUUUAGUCUUACAAUGAUAUGUGUAACAUUACACUUUAUUAUAUAACACAAAAAGACAUUACAGGACAUAACUGUUCGCUUCAACGAAGACCUCUGUAUAUACCAUUCACAGGAAUACUGUGGUCCAUAAUUAUAUAUAGUAUAGAUUGUUUUUAUACUCUGGUCCCAAAUUCAGUCUUGAAAGCUUCACCCCCCCACCUCCCCUAGUGAAAGCUUUUCACGAUGAUGUAUGUUUGUGACUUACUUAUAGGUGUAUGGUCAGUCGUGUCAUGAAGGCUUCUGAACCUGCACUGUCAAUUGGUCACUUUUAAGCACAAGGGGGCUAUCUCGAAAAGUGUUGUUUUGAGAAAAUCAAAGGUAAAGUUUUUGGACCCGUGAAUUCUAUCUCUACGUAUUUGUUUUCAAGGGAAUUUUUCUGUGGUUUUGCAUAAACAAGUCAGUUAUGUCCCUGUCUGCCAUACACAUAUGAAUUACUGACAAUAAUUUACUCUAUUAAAAAGAAAUUAGACAACAAAAAGUUGGAUUGGCUCAGUUCUGCAGAUAUGCAGAAAACACCUUUAAAGCAAAUUGGGGGGGCGAAAUGGGCCAUCCCAUCCAAAAUAAGGCAUACCUUUCUAUCUGGACUAUUCCUGCAUUGAAUAUAUACAAAUGGUCUAGAUCUGUCCGCUGUACAAUGGGCUAACCCACGAAACUUGUCAACUCUUUAUCAUUGGGUUAAGUGGUCUAGCCUGUUCAUGUGAGCACUACGUUUUAAGCUUUUUCUAUCAAAAGAUUGGAAUUAUUGUGUGGAACAGUACUCAAGUAAAAACUGAUACAGUAAAGAAAAAAUUGAUUUAAAAAAACUGACCUGAUAUGAGAAUAUCGCAGUCUUUGGGGUCAUUUUCUACUGUGACAUGCAGUGAACUCUUCACUUGAGGUGUCGGACAUUUUUUUUGGUUAGCCCAUAAAAAACUUUCAAGUCUUUAGUUUCUUUGGACAACGAGGAGAGUAUUUUCUAUAACGAAACAAAUAUACCACCAAUGAAACCUAACUUCUAUAAGUAGGGCAAUGCCCACUUUUGGUGUAGGUAAAGAUUCCUGGAAAUUGGAAAUCAUCGAAAUCUAGGUCAGCCCACUUGUCCUUACUUGUUCACGGACUGAUACUGAUAAGUUAUUCAUUCAGACUUACUGUCCCUUGACCAAGGCCUAGUACUUCUGAACAAGCAUAUCAAAUUGGAAUUACAUGUAUAAGGAAAGUUUUUGCGAUAACAUAAUACAUGUACUCAAGAUGAAAUGUAGUGUUUUGAUGCUAUUUUUUAAUGACUUUCUAGAUAGCAAAAAAAAUAUUAUUCUGCCUUCAUCAAAGGAAAUGCAGAUUGUGUUUACUUAUUUGUAUGAUAAUUUUGUCUUAUGUAACAUGUUUAGUGCAAUGUUUAUACAACCAAUGCAUGGAGAGUACAAUAAUGGGAGAUUUGGUCUGGAUGUGAAAUUUGGGGGUUUAAAUAGGAGUGGCGUCUGGAUUUUAAAAACGCUUUCCACUUUCCAGGAAUAUUUUACCUCUCAAUCAUGUGUCAUUAUGCUUUUGAAAUUACCUACUUUUUAUGUAGGUCUUUCAUGAUGUUGAAAUUUAUUAAGUUUCUGAUAAAAAUCAAUAUUGAAUUUUCACAUUGGACUUUGGUUGAUAUGAUAAUUUAUUGAUAAUUUGUUUUGCAAAUUUAGUCAGCCUGAGAGUACAAGAUCUCAUGCAUGUAUGUGUGUUCACUUUUUGACAAGGUGAGACAAUUGUACGAGCGCUUUGACAGUUAAUUGAAAGAUUUUUCACGUUUUACUGCAGUGUAUUUGAAUUUGUUUUUUGUUUUUUCUGUUUUAUACCAGGCCUUCAAUGCUUUGAUGAAUCAGAUUUUUUUUUCACGAUAGAAAAUCACAGACAGUGUUCUUUCACUGGGCUUGUCAACUAUUUGUGCCAGUGUCUUGUUCACUGUGUGGUUAUAUGUUAUAUUUUGAAUAAACUAUUUUUAUCCAGUGAA